CUGUAUAUUUUGCAGGACGAGGAUGUUGUAUCUGCUAUCGAAGAUGCAGGAUUUGAUGCUGAAAUAUUGCCUGAAUCAAAUUCUUCUCAGAAAGGUCCGAAUAGAACUUUGUUGGGGCAGUUCAGUAUAGGAGGUAUGACUUGUGCAGCAUGUGUCAACUCUGUUGAAGGUAUUUUGAGGGACCUCCCUGGGGUUACCAGAGCUGUAGUUUCUCUAACAACCUCCGUAGGAGAAGUCGAAUAUGAUCCUUCUAUUGUUAGCAAGGAUGACAUUAUUAAUGCAAUUGAAGAUGCUGGAUUUGAAGGUUCACUUGUACAGAGCAGUGAGCAAGGUAAAAUAAUUCUAGAGGUUGCAGGGAUAUCUGGUGAGCUGGAUGCACAAUUUUUGGAAGGCUUGCUUUGCCAUAUAAAUGGGGUGCAGAAGUUCCGUUUUGAUAGGAUAUCAGGACAACUGGAAGUUUGCUUUGAUUCUGAAAUCAUUGGUUCUCGGUCUGUGGUUGAUGGAAUUGAGGAGGCUGGUGGUGGCCGGUUCAAGUUACACGUGAAAAACCCCCUUUCUAGAAUGACUUCUAAAGAUUUGGAAGAAUCUUCAAAGAUGUUCCAGCUUUUCACAUCCAGUCUCUGUCUUAGUGUUCCUGUAUUUCUUAUACGUGUCUGCCCUCAUGUUCCUGUGUUGUAUCCUUUUCUAUUGUGGCGAUGCGGACCUUUCUUGAUGAGGGAUUGGCUGAAGUGGGGACUGGUGAGUCUCGUUCAGUUUGGUAUUGGAAAGCGUUUCUAUGUAGCUGCUGCUAAAGCAUUGAGGCGUGGAGCAACAAAUAUGGAUGUAUUAGUUGCAUUGGGAACUUCAGCUUCCUACUUCUAUUCUGUCUGUGCUCUUCUGUACGGUGCUGCUACUGGUUUCUGGUCUCCGACAUACUUUGAAACAAGUGCCAUGUUGAUAACAUUCGUUCUGUUGGGCAAGUACUUGGAGUCCCUAGCAAAGGGGAAAACAUCAGAUGCUAUCAAGAAGCUUGUUGAACUUGCACCUGCUACAGCAUUGCUGCUUGAGAAAGAUAAAGGUGGAAAGUGCAUAGGGGAACGAGAAAUUGACUCUUUGUUGAUUCAACCUGGUGAUCUGUUGAAAGUUCUCCCUGGCAUUAAGAUUCCUGCAGAUGGUGUAGUGUUAUGGGGUUCAAGUUAUGUCAAUGAGAGUAUGGUCACUGGUGAAUCUAUUCCUGUCUUGAAGGAGAUCAAUUCACAUGUGAUUGGAGGCACAAUGAAUUCGCAUGGGGCUCUUCAUAUUCAGGCCACCAAAGUUGGAUCUGACACUGUUCUGAGUCAGAUAAUAAAUUUGGUUGAAACUGCACAAAUGUCUAAAGCUCCAAUACAGAAGUUUGCUGACUUUAUUGCAAGCAUAUUUGUUCCCACUGUGAUUGUUCUGGCAUUGUUGACACUAUUGGGUUGGUAUGUUGGUGGAGUGACCAGAGCUUAUCCACAAAGCUGGUUGCCAGAAAACAGCAAUUAUUUUGUGUUUUCCCUGAUGUUUGCAAUAUCAGUUGUAGUAAUUGCAUGUCCAUGUGCUCUGGGUUUGGCUACACCUACAGCUGUCAUGGUUGCUACCGGUGUUGGUGCAAAAAAUGGUGUGCUUAUAAAGGGAGGAGAUGCAUUGGAAAGAGCUCAAAAGGUCAAGUUUGUCAUCUUCGAUAAAACAGGGACUCUUACGCAGGGAAAAGCCACGGUAACAACUGCUAAAGUUUUCACUGGCAUGGAUCGAGGAGAAUUUCUUAGAAUGGUAGCUUCAGCUGAGGCUAGUAGUGAACAUCCUUUGGGGAAAGCAGUGGUUGAAUAUGCUCGGCAUUUUCAUUUCUUUGAGCCUUCUGAAUCCAAGGACUCACAGAAGAGUGACAAGGGUUCCAAAUAUUCUGGGUGGCUUCUAGAUGUUUCAGAUUUCAAUGCUGUGCCUGGGAGAGGAGUCCGAUGUUUCAUUGAUGGAAAGCAAAUUCUGAUUGGAAACCGUAAGCUGCUCACUGAAAAUGGGGUGACAAUACCUACAGAAAUUGAGAGUAUUUUGGUAGAGCUUGAGGAGGGUGCACAGACAGGAGUACUUGUUGCCUGUGAUGAUGUUCCAAUUGGAGUUCUAGGAGUAGCUGAUCCUCUGAAGAGAGAAGCUGCUGUUGUCAUCGAGGGUCUUGGCAAAAUGGGCAUUACACCUGUCAUGGUCACUGGCGAUAACUGGCGAACAGCAAAAGCUGUUGCCAAAGAGGUGGGCAUAGAUGAUGUGAGGGCUGAAGUGAUGCCAGCCGGAAAAGCGGAAGUAAUCCGCUCAUUUCAGAAAGAUGGAAGUGUGGUGGCGAUGGUAGGUGAUGGCAUUAAUGACUCACCCGCCCUUGCUGCUGCUGAUGUUGGUAUGGCUAUAGGCGCAGGAACAGAUGUUGCCAUUGAGGCUGCUGAUUAUGUCUUGAUGAGAAAUAAUCUAGAAGAUGUAAUAACAGCCAUUGAUCUUUCAAGGAAGACGUUCUUACGUAUCCGGAUGAAUUAUGUCUUCGCCAUGGCUUACAACAUAAUUGCCAUACCAGUUGCUGCUGGUGUUUUAUAUCCUUGGAUCAAGUUAAAGUUGCCCCCUUGGGUAGCUGGUGCUUGCAUGGCACUCUCUUCCAUAAGUGUAGUUUGCUCUUCUUUGCUUCUUAGGGCGUAUAAAAAACCCAGAUUGACCAGUAUACUUGAGAUUACUGUAGAGUAGAAAUGAAGCAUGCAAGUGGUUCAGAAGAAAGUAGUUUUAAAUCUGUGGGUGCCCUUUACCGGGCGUCCUCAAGUUCUGUACAUGUGUGAUAUAAUGUUAUAUGGCAAAUUGGCAAUGGCGAAUGGGGUCAUAACUCAUAAGCGGCCACUCGACGUUCCUAUUUGGGAACUGUUAUAUCCUU